AUGCCACUCCUUGGCACAUCCACUCAGUUCUUCACGCUACCGUUUCGGAGGAAAAAGCAAAGAUACACAAUCAAUCCACCAGAUGAUCAAUACAAUGUGAUCUAUCUUGGGAAUGUGCUAACAGUGAUGGCCAAGGGUGAUGGAUGUGUCGAUAAACCAUUGAGUCUCAUUUGGAGAGCGUAUUGCCAGCGGCAACGAAAUGACCUUCAUAUGCAACUUGAGAUCACUCGAUCUGGCCUAAAAGCGGAAACCUCACAACAGGGAUUGACCGAGUAUUGGGCUCAUCGAAUCACUCAUUGUUGUGCCCCGUCGGAGUAUCCCAAAGUUUUUUGCUGGAUUUACAAGCACGAUGGAAAGAGACUCAAGCCAGAGCUCCGAUUUCACGCUGUUUUGUGCAAAAAGGCUAACGAGCCUGCUCUGAUCGCCAUCCGAUUAACCGAAUUUCUCAAAGCUGCUUUGGAGGAAUACAAACGCGAGAAACUGGCUCAACAGAACGCCCGGCUCACCUCGUCGACGGGAUGUCCGAGAAGGAAAUUGAUGCUUCAAACGGGGACUCUCAACUUCCGACCACCCGUCUCUAGAUCAAAAAGUGCCCCUAGACUCGGCAGCAUUGAUGAGGAGAUUGAGGAAGAAGAGGGCUCCGAUGUUGAGUCGAUGUGUUAUCGCGAGGAACCAAUUGGGGACACGGCUUCCUAUUCGGGCUCCGACGUUUCUCCGGGAAGUUCAGCCUCUUCAUCUAAGGGUGCCUCAUCCCUUUGCUCGAAUGAGGAUCGACAAAGGAAUCGAGGUCGAUUAGAUCCAGAUUCAGUCUCUGAUGAAUCUGGUUAUCAUGAGGACGGUCAACGACGGAUUGACGAUUUGUUCUACUCAGAUGAAGAGCUUGUUAUCAUUGAGGAACAAGAUUUGGAUGAGGAUACAAUGAAGAAACCACCCCGUCUUCAGCAUCAAUCUCGAUCCCUGCAAGUGACCAUCGAAGAAGUCGAUGAUGAUAACUGUGAAGUGACGUCACUU